GCCGGGGACGCGCCUCCGUCAUUCCGCGCAUGCGUGUAUUCAAGGUGAACGUGAUAGCGGAUGUGUCGGAGUGUUUGUAGACAUUAAAAACGGGAUAAAGAUUAAAAUAGGUAUUUUAUAUUCAACACGUCAUCACGUCAUCACGUGACUUUAUAUGAAAACUUGAAACUGUUUCAUCUGAAGGAUCUUACCUGGACGCUGCACAGACUCUCAGCACGAUGACCUCUCACCUUAGUUUUGACCACAUGGAUCCAUCAUGGCUGAUCAGAGUACCAUGAAGCGCUACCAGCUAGAGAGGAGCUCACCUGUUCACACAGCGUCGGCUCUGGAACCAGACUCCUGGAGAGGGUCUGGACUGUGGGGAUCCUCACAAGCCCCCGACUGAGCGCCGCUGUGUUGGAGUCCUCAUGGUCCAUGUUCAAACCUCCGUUGUAGAAGCUGGACACUGUUGGGCUGUCUUCACUGACACACCAUGUGGAGGUCUGGGACAGAACCUGUGGACAGGCAGACCGGGCUCGUGGUUCCUCUUUUUAAAAAGGGGGACCGGAGGGCGUGCUCCGAUUAUCGGGGUAUCACCCUUCUGCUGGUUGACUUACUGCGCCGGCUGCCGACCUCGGAUAAGUGUGCAGGUGCUGAGCAGCAGGGGGCGUCUGGUCUCGUACCUGUCAGGUGUUCAUGUUUUGGUUGGUCGGGUCUCUUCAGUCAGAACCUUUUCUGCUGCUGGAUCUAAAGAAACGCAUGUUGCCAUGACGACACAUGACAUGGGCCCAAGGACUGUUUGGCCUGAUGACAUCAUCGGCCCGUUUGGACCUCAUGACCAGCGCUUCCUGUUGCCGGGUAACUCAGGCUUCCACCUCCACUUGCAGGGUGUGACGGAGCAGAAGAAGAAUAGUCCAGGUCACAUGACACUCCCUGAUGUUGUGACAGGCCCCGCCCCUUCUGAACGACACCUGUCCAUACUGACCCAGGUGACCUCUGACCUCUGUACUGUCAGAGGAGCUGUUCAGUACUUUGAUUCGUCGAGGGUGGAGUGUGUGAUCCAAACGUGUCCUGAGCUGCUGAAGAGAGACUUCCUGUCCAUGUUCCCUGAAGCCCCGCCCUCUCAGAUGAUGGCGGUCACAGUAACUCAGAGGACGAAAAACGACAUGAGCAGCUGGAGUUCAGAGGUGGAGGAGGAGAGGGAGGAGAUGCUGCACACGUUCAUUGACGGGGCUCAGCAGAUCUGUUUGGCUCUGCAGAGUGAAGGAUUCUGGGCCGACUUCAUUGACCCGUCCUCAGGCCUCGCUUUCUUCGGCCCGUACACUAACCUCCCGCUCUUUGAAACGGACGAGCGGUACGCACAACUUGGCUUCCGUGUGGAUGACCUGGGCUGCUGUAAGGUCAUCCGUCACGCUCUGUGGGGAACCAACGUGUUUGUGGGGACCAUAUUAACCAACGCACCGCCCAGCAGUGACAUCAUGAGGAAGCUACAGGGCAGCUGAUCACACGGCUGUGACAUCAUCAAACCUGUGUGUGUGAAACAUGUUGGUGUUCCAUAGACUGAUACACACACACAU